AGUCUAUACCCGACAACCCUUCCUGUGACGCAAGAACAAUUUUAGCAAGUUUUUGAGUAAACGAAACUUUUGUUGGAAACAAAAACGGACCCAGUUAACAUCUGUACAUGCACGAUGUGCCCUUCAUUUAAAGCUGUGCAGGACACUUCUCCUGAACCAUCAACAACGACCUCAAAGUUUUGGGAUGCAUUUGUCUCCCCAGAACUACUGAUACUUUGUAUAAUUGUCCCUGCUAUUGCAAUAGGGAUUCAGAUCUCCAAGCAACAAAAACAAGAUUUGGAUGAUGUAGGCGAUCCACUCCGGAUUCUAUUGGUUGGAAAAACAGGGGUGGGGAAAAGUGCAACAGGCAACACUAUCCUGCGACAGAAGUUUUUCAAAUCAGAGAUAUCAUCUUCCUCUGUGACUGGACAGUGUGAAAAGUUUCAUGCAAUAAUAAAUGGCAGAAAGUUAUCUGUCAUUGACUCUCCAGGUCUGUUUGACACCAGCCUAACUGUAGAUGAAGUGGUCAACAGAAUUAAACUCUGUAUCCCUCUCUCUGCUCCUGGUCCACACGUCUUCUUAGUUGUGAUUCAGCUCGGCAGAUUCACUGAUGAAGAAGCAAAAGCUGUAAGAAUCAUUCAAGCUGUUUUUGGUGAGGAAUCCUCCAAUUACAUCAUGACAUUGUUCACUCAUGGAGAUCGACUGGAGGGCAAAAACAUUCACACAUUUGUGCGGGAAAACCCAAAACUGCUCAGUUUCAUCAAAACAUGCAGUGGACGAUACCAUGUGUUCAAUAAUAAAGCACAAAACCCUGAACAGGUCAAUCAGUUGCUCGACCAGAUUGAUAAAAUGGUCACUGGGAAUGGUGGUCAAUACUACACCAGUGAGAUGCUUGAAAGGGUAGAGAGAGCGAUUGAGAAAGAGAAACAACGUCUCCUGAAGGAGAAUGAGGAGCAGAGACAGAGAGAGAUAGAAGCUCUGAGGGCUCAACUUGAAGAUGAGGCCUAUGACAAAGCAUUAAAAAAGUUAAACAAUAAAUAUGAAGAGGAGGCAAGAAUCCAAGCAGAGACUGGGCUUCCAUACUUGAUCCACUUGGUCAGUUCUUUGAUUAAAUCAUUAAGCAAAUUCUUCUGGUGAUCUGGUGCACAAAAACUGUGGCUAGAAAAAGUUUUUUUAAAUAUUUACUUUACAAAGACUUAUUAAUAAAUAGAAACAAAGCGUGUUUACAUUAUUCUGGGGAAUAUGGAAUCUGACUGUUUAAUAAUUUGAAAGUGGGUAUAUGAAGGUGCAAGAAAAAUGUCUGAGAAAUGUGUCUCUGUAUUGCAUGCUCUAUAUAAAUGAAGGACUGCUUUCAUUUUUGUGAUCUAUAUAAAUUGUACUUGAGAUUUG